UUACUCAUGGAAAAUACGUCAAAUUAAAACUGAAAUUGGUCAUACAUUUUGAGUGAACCUUUGACUUACGUCGCCACCACAGCAAAGUCCGCAUCUAAAUUCCAUUUAUCUAGUUUCGAAUUUUUUUUAAAAUUUUUUUUGUCAAAUUUAAGUAUGGCUUUUAGCGGCGAACUGAUACCUGGUAUAUUUUGUCCGGAUGAGAACAUUGAACAGUUUGCGACUCUUUAUGCCAACGAUAAUGUUUCCAAAAGCAUUAUUAUGUCCUCGGUUCUUAACCCGUAUGAUCUUCCAAGAUUUAACCAGCAACCCGUUCCAGCUGAGUAUUUUCCCUGUAAUUGUAUUGAUAACAGCAGAAUUAGCUCGCAUAACAGAUACAUAGCACGAGAUUUGCAUGGACCGACCAGAUCCUCAAGGCAUUGUGGCUAUGGGGACCACAAUUCGGCAACUUCCUAUCAGAACCAUAAGCCGGAGUAUGCUUCAAGAAGGAUCAGUUCAACGCAACAUUACAUCGGAGCACAAAACCAUAAUUUCUUUUACCAACCCCCACCAGGACCUAGAUAUCCAUGGCUUUAACAA